ACCUAUGUUAACAUUAUUAAAAUUAACAGUUAAAACUGUGGUGCUUAAAUUUGAUUAAGUUCUUUCGAAAUAAAGUGGUUUAAUGGCUGAUACAAGCAUGGAAACCAUGGAAACUGACGCAGAGCAAUGCUCACUGCGACCGAUGCUUUGUGAGCUCAACAUUCUAACCCGGUCGGACGGUUCUGCGUUGCUUACACAAGGUGGAACGGCCGUUGUUGCCAGUGUCCACGGUCCGGUCGAGGUACGACUGCAACACUUGAGCGUCGAAAAAGCACACGUCGAGAUUUACUUUCGGCCACGCUCGGGUCUGGGUAGUGUUAACGAUCGACUACUGGAGAACCUGAUCCGAAACACGUACGAGUCGACCAUUCUUACUGCGCUCCAUCCCCGUGCCGCCGUUUCCAUACAGCUGCAGGAAAUGCAAGAUCACGGUGGGCUGAUUGCUUGCGCAAUCAAUGCCGUUUGUUUGGCGCUGAUAAACAGCGGCAUUGAGAUGCGUUACCUGGUCGGUGCGGUGCACAGCGUGCUGGAUGCGGACGGUCGAAUAUGGCUGGAUCCGGACGAGCUGCGGUCCAAGGACGCCCAGGCACGGUUCACGUUCGUGUUCGACAAUGUGUCGAAGAAAACGGUUUCGAUCUAUACGCACGGACGGUUCACGCCGGAACAGUAUCACCGUGCGCUGCGGUUGGGAACGGUGGCGGUCGAUCAGGUGUUCGAAUUUUAUCGGGAGAUUGUUGCGAAGCAGGCCAAGGGACUGUGAAUAAAGUGGAUGGAUUUCGUCACUGACUUGUUAUAGAUCACACGGAACGAGUGUCACGUUGGCUGGUAAAUCACGCUCCUGUAAGGUAAUUGCAAUGCCAAUUAUGUUGUUGCAAAACUUACCUGUAGUUUAAUCCUUUAAACCCGAUAAAAGUUUCUAAUAUUCGU